AUAAUGAGCCGAGCCGAGCCGAGCUAGCUCAUUACCUUAACAAGCCGGCUCGAGCUGAGAUGAGCCGAGCCAGCGGCUUGAUAUCCAGCCUUACUAGAAUCCCUAUAGAGAUGUUUGGAACAUGGCAGAAUUGAAAAUCCUAUAGAGAGGUUCUCUCGGGCGUUGGCUCUCCUCAAGCCCACGCGCAGAACAGGACCAGAGGGAGGUGCCGUUAUGUCACAUCAUUUUCAGGCCAUCAUCCACAGCCCAUUUCUUCCCGUGCCCUUCCCCCCAGGGCCGAUGCUCCCUCCUCGCUCGGAGUUAGUCUAGCGUCACUGUCGAGAAGAGCUGUGCGUCUGCUGAGGGCGAGGGCAUCCGUGGAGAAUCGAGUCCAAGCGAUGGAGGAGCAAGGGGGCGCGGCGGCGCUCGGCUGGGCGGCGAGGGACGCCACCGGUGUCCUCUCACCCUACAAUUUCUCUAGAAGGGUUCCGAGGGACGACGAUGUCACGAUCAAGGUGCUCUACUGCGGCAUCUGCCACACCGACCUGCACAUCAUCAAGAACUACUGGGGCAACGCCAUGUACCCCGUCGUCCCCGGGCACGAGAUCGUCGGCGUGGUCACCGGCGUCGGCGGCGGCGUCACGAGGUUCAAGCCCGGCGACACGGUGGGCGUGGGCUACUUCGUCGGGUCCUGCCGCUCCUGCGAGAGCUGCGGGAAGGGGAACGAGAACUACUGCACCGGGGUCGUGCUCACCUCCAACGGCGUCGAGCGCGCGCGCGGCGGCGCGGCCAGUAAGGGCGGCUUCUCCGACGUCAUCGUCGUGAGCGAGCACUACGUGCUCCGCGUCCCGGACGGCCUGCCGCCGGACCGCACCGCGCCGCUGCUCUGCCCCGGUGUGACCGUGUACAGCCCCAUGGUGGGGCACGGCCUGAACGAGCCCGGCAAGCACCUCGGCAUCGUGGGGCUCGGCGGGCUCGGCCACGUCGCCGUCAAGUUCGGCAAGGCGUUCCGGAUGAAGGUCACUGUAAAAGCGAUCGGGUGCUCGAGCUUUAGAGUGGGUGGCUGAAUUAGUCAUUCUUAAAAUCUUAACCAAUAGCUUCAACUAGUUUGCACAAAACUUAAUCUAAAACAAGCUAUCUAGAUGUGCAACUACGGUUCACCUUAGUGUGAAACCCUCAUCCCAAAAGAGUUUAGCAAGCUA